AUGUCAUCCACCAAAUUUUCGGGUACUGGGAAAGAGCCCCAAGUCACAGAAACCUCCGUUGCCUCUAGCCCUAGUCUGUCGGCUCAGGAUGAGAAGCAGCUUGCCACACCAUCUUCGGAGUCUAUCAAUCUUGAGAGCCAAAUACCCUCACCACCACCAUACCAUGUGUUUUCUCGGUCUCGCAAAAUGCAGAUGGUCUACAUUGUUUCCCUCGCUGCCAUCUUCUCCCCUCUAUCAUCUAAUAUCUAUUUCCCUGCCCUUGGGCUUAUAUCAAAGGAAUUGAAUGUCUCUAUUUCUCUCACUACCCUAACCGUCACAGUGUAUAUGAUUGUUCAAGGACUUGCCCCUAGCUUCUGGGGCUCCUUCUCCGACGUUCUUGGUCGCCGUAUGAUCUUUAUCGGAACCUUUGUUGUCUAUAUCAUUGCGAACAUUGCGCUUGGAGUCUCAAACAACUACGGAGAGCUCAUGGCUUUCCGUGCUUUGCAAGCUGCCGGUAGUGCGGCUACUAUCUCAAUUGGUGCUGGCGUUAUUGGAGAUAUCACCACAUCAGCUGAGAGAGGAGGCUUAGUUGGAGUCUUUGGUGGAGUCCGUAUGCUUGGUCAAGGAAUCGGUCCGGUCUUCGGAGGCAUUCUAUCUGAGUAUUUGGGCUAUAGGUCCAUCUUUUGGUUCCUUACUAUUCUAUCUGGAUUCAGUCUAUUCUCCAUUCUCUUCUUCCUCCCCGAAACCCUCCGUACCGUCGCUGGAAAUGGCACCGUUCCCCUGCACGGAAUCUACAAACCUUGGAUUUAUUGUAUCACCGGCCAGGAGCAUGCCAAGCAAGGCGCAGUGCCAUCUGCGGAGAAGAAAAAGGUUACUUUCAAGACAGUGGUGGCCCCUCUCGGCUUCUUGGGUGAGAAAGACGUCUUCAUCACCUUGUUCUUUGGUGCUAUCGUGUACACGGUCUGGUCGAUGGUGACUUCGUCCACGUCUGAUCUGUUUGAAUCCACCUACGGGCUCAACACAUUGGAAGUUGGCCUCACCUUCUUGGGCAAUGGCUUUGGCUGCAUGUCUGGAUCAUACACCAUCGGCUACCUGAUGGACUUCAACCACAAGAGAACCGAACGCGAAUACUGCGUCAAGCACAACCUCCCUCUCGAAACUCGCAUCACGACCAAAACUCAUCCCGACUUCCCGAUUGAGUACGCUCGCAUGCGCAACACCUGGUGGAUCACAGCCCUCUUCAUCGUGUGCACAGCGGUGUACGGCGUUUCCCUUGAAACCCAUCUCGCAGUUCCCGUCAUUCUCCAGUAUAUCCUUGCUUAUUGCGCGACUGCCAUUUUCACUAUCAACAGCGCUCUGAUCAUCGAUCUCUACCCCGGAGCCAGUGCCAGUGCGACCGCAGUCAACAAUCUGAUGCGAUGCUUGGUGGGUGCAGCAGGUGUCGCUGCUAUCCAGCCCAUGAUCGACGCCCUCAAUGCUCAAUGGACUUUCUUGCUACUCGCCGGCAUCACAUUACUCAUGGUCCCUUUGCUGGCGGUCGAGAUGCGAUGGGGCGCAGGAUGGCGACACGAACGCACUGAACGCCUCAAAAGAAAGGGUGCUUCAGCCUAA